UGAGCUCAUCCCUCCAGCAGCUGCAUAGCGCAGCGAGCCGAACCGCCGAACUUUCUAUCAAACUUCCCAGUCGCUCUCCGGCGGAACGCCGCGGGUCGUCUUCCGCUCGCACCGGAGCCCACACUCUCUGUGGGAAGACGCGGAAUAUUCGCAGGGUUUUUGCCUCGGACGUGUGGACGGCUUGCACAAAAGGAGGGAACCGCUCCGGCGCGGUCCGGCGGCGGCGGCGGCGGCGGCAGCAGCCGGGGGAAGGUGUUUGUUUGUGGGACCUCGGAGGACACAGUCCCGGAAGAGGAGAUCUCCACGCCAGGAGUGAGUAACAUUCUGUUUACUUGCAGGAUCAAGCCGAGGCUGCAGGACGAUGCGCGCUUGAACGCUGAGGUGGCAGAAUUUGCCUUUUGCUGACAAUCAACCUGCUCAUGAAGUCAGGAGGAAGAGUCGCCGACACUGCCAUGUUCAUUCUCUGAGUGCCUUCAGCCUUUGGCCCUUGUGUCAUGACCAGCCUGAAGCACCCGCCCAUGGAGUGCACAGUGGGGGGUUCUGUUCCCGCCACCGACGAGUUCUACACUCACCGAGUGCGUGCGGCGAACGGUGCGUUGCCGUUACGUACCGACAACAUUCAUGCAACGGUGAGCACUGGAGUUCCCAAAAUGGGCGUCCGGGCCCGUGUGGCAGACUGGCCUCCGAGAAAAGAUUCGUCUGGGCCGCUGUGGCACCCGACACCCGAGCCCGACAACUCUGCUGUAAAAAAUCACAUCAAGUUGGGCUCCAUGAUGAGCCCUCAGGACUCGUCGAUGUUGCGCAACAUUCACAAUACUUUAAAGAGUAGAACUCAAGUGCAAGCUAACAACUAUAGCCCGGAUACCAGGUACCUCGCACCCGGGGACUACAGCAGGCCGCCUUACAGAAACCCAAGACAAAGACGAAUCCGUCAGCGUAGCAACAGUGACAUGGCCAUCAGUGAGAUGGAGGUGGCGGGAGACAGCGACGAUGACUGGGGUCCUACAGCCGGGCCCAAGUGGUCCCCAAUACACCGGGAAUAUGGCAGCACAUCUUCGAUUGACCAGCACGGAGCGCCGGGGGAGGGCUUCUUUGAAAUGCUCAAAGGCUACCAAGGCGAUAAAGUCGAUCAGCGAAGUCCUGCUCCAGAGAAACUGGAGGACUUGCUGAACAUCGGAACGAAGCCAGACAACAUUGAUCUUCAAGGUAAUGUCCCAGACGGUCUGCUGACGAAGGUCAAGGACAAAGACAAGCACCCGAAGAGACGCACCAAAUCGGAAACUGGCGGCGAGUCCAUUUUUCGCAAACUGCGGAACGUGCGGGGAGAGUCCGACUCCCCGAGAGCCGGAUCCGACGUAGAGGAUACCCGGACUGAUGACAUGGUGGCAGUUGUGAAACCGUGGGUUUGUCAGAAAGGUUUCGCCCACUAUGAUGUCCAGAGUAUCCUCUUUGACCUGAACGAAGUGACUCAGCAGCGACAGACGGCGGUGAAAAGGAAAAACACCACCACAGGUGCGUCCGCUGCCGCCGUGGCCUCAGCUACCUCAACCCUCUCGUCCACACACAGUCUGCCUUACAGCUCCCCCAGUGGUAGCCAGGAGGAGCUCAAUUCCAGGGACAGCCCUGGCCCCGAUGGCGGGGACGAACAAAGCAACGAAAUUCUUCUCAGCUGCCCGUGUUUUCGUAACGAGAUCGGCGCUGACGGCAUCGGGAGACGUCGACUCGGAGUCAGCUGUCAUGUUCUUGUUCCGAGUGGAAGUGGAAGCUCCAUGAACCUGAACAGCGAGGGAAACUAUUAUGACACAUCUGUUAGCACACACUGCACCAAUGCCGGAGUGGCGGUUCUAGAGGGACCUAAAGACGGUCCAAACCCGCUUAGCGAAAAAGGCAAGCAGUACAUCGUGGAACACGUGGACCUUGGCGCUUACUAUUACAGGAAGUUCUUCUAUCUGAGAGAACACUGGAACUAUUUUGGGAUGGACGAAGUGUUGGGUCCAGUCGCCGUCAGCCUGCGCAGGGAGAAGCUGGAGGAGGACAAAGAGCACGGCCAGCAGUACAGCUACCGCAUUAUCUUCCGAACCAGCGAGCUUAUUACACUUCGAGGUUCUAUCCUGGAAGACGCGGUGCCUUCCACCUCCAAGCACGGUACAUCCCGAGGGCUCCCUAUCAAAGAGGUGCUGGAGUACGUCCUGCCCGAGCUGGACCUGUCCUGUCUCAGACUCGCCCUCAACACCCCCAAGGUCACGGAGCAGCUGAUGAAGCUGGACGAACAAGGGCUGAGCUUCCAGGUGAAGGUGGGGGUGAUGUACUGCCGCGCGGGUCAGAGCACCGAGGAGGAAAUGUACAACAACGAGAACGCUGGACCGGCCCUGGAAGAGUUCCUGCAGCUGCUGGGGGAGAAGGUCCGACUCAAGGGCUUCACCAAGUACCGAGCCCAGCUGGACACCAAAACCGACUCCACCGGCACACACUCCCUGUACACCACCUACAAGGACUACGAGCUGAUGUUCCACGUGUCCACGCUGCUGCCGUACACGCCCAACAACAAGCAGCAGCUGCUGAGGAAGCGGCACAUCGGAAACGACAUUGUCACCAUCGUGUUCCAAGAGCCCGGCGCCCACCCCUUCACCCCCAAGACCAUCCGCUCGCAUUUCCAGCACGUCUUCAUCAUCGUCAGGGUUCACGACCCCUGCUCCGACAACACCUGCUACAGCGUCGCCGUCACCCGUUCCCAGGACGUCCCAUCUUUCGGGCCCCCGAUCCCUAAAGGAGUGACCUUUCCCAAGUCCACGGUCUUCAGGGACUUCCUCUUGGCCAAAGUCAUCAACGCCGAGAACGCCGCUCACAAGUCGGACAAGUUCGGCGCCAUGGCGACACGGACGCGGCAGGAGUACCUGAGGGACUUGGCGGAGCGCCACGUCACCAACACCCCGGUGGAGCCGGUGGGCAAGUUCCCCUUCAUCUCUCUGGCGCCCAAGCGGCGAGAGAAAGUGCGGCCGUACAGCGGGGCGGAGCUGCGCAGUCUCGGUGCCGUGACCUGGCAGGUCCAUGCCGAGGACCAGGUGGCAGGGGCCGAGCGCGAGUGUCUGCUGGCCAUUUCCAACGACUUCAUCAUCCUGCUGGAUCAGGAGGCCAAAGCCGUGGUGUUCAACUGCGCCACGCGAGACGUGAUCGGGUGGUCGACAGGAAGCCCCGCCUCCAUGAAGCUCUACUACGAGCGCGGGGAGAGCGUGUCGCUGCGCUCCAUCAACAACAACACCGAGGACUUCGGCGAGGUGGUCAAGAGACUGGAGCUGCUGACCAAGGGCAGCCAGACGGCGGAGAUGACUCUGCGCCGCAACUCUCUGGGCCAGCUGGGCUUCCACGUCAACUUCGAGGGCAUCGUGGCCGAGGUGGAGCCCUACGGCUACGCCUGGCAGGCCGGGCUGCGGCAGGGCAGCCGCCUGGUGGAGAUCUGCAAGGUGUCGGUGGCGUCUCUGUCCCACGAGCAGAUGAUCGACCUGCUGCGGACGUCCGUCACGGUCAAGGUGGUCAUCAUCCCGCCGCACGACGACUCCACGCCGCGCAGAGGCUGCUCCGAAAUCUACCACAUGCCCCUGGUGGACUACAAGAACCACAAGGAGGGCACGCCGUACGAGCUCAAGUUCCCCUUCCGGCCGGCCAGCGCCAACAACAACAGCAAGUGGCCGCGGACGUCCUCCAGUCCUCAAACUCGAGCGGGCGGGUCCGGUGGCACUCUGAUCAAGGCUCCGCCCCCAGACUUUUCCGAGCGCAGCGCCGCCGUCCUUCCACGCAGCGUGUCCAGCGACGGUCGACCCAUCAACCCCAAAAGGUACUCCCCAGGAAACGAGAACUACGCCCUGGCCUGCUCCAUCAUGAUGGGCCGGACGCUGCACAGCGCCAACCCCGGCUUCUCCUACGCCGACUCGCAUGGCUCCAACCACUGGAGGCAGAAGUCCAUGCCGGAUGGGUUCAACAACAACAACUGUCAAUCGCCCGUCACGUCCAUGCGACAGCCGACGGACUCGGGUCCCAAAGUGUCAAGUUCUGGUGCCGUCUGGUGCCGGACGGGUGAGAGCGACACGCCCAGCCGACUGAUGGACAAGAGUGGUGCCGAAACCCUGAUGUCAAAGGCGCCGACUCGCGUGUCUCCCAACCGGAGCACCAAGGCUGAAGCUCCGUACUCGUCCAGCCAGUCCAGCAGCAACACUCUGUCCAGCAACGCCAGCUCGGCCCACAGCGACGAGAAGUGGUACGAGGUGGGCUCUCGCUCGGGCCUGCGGGGGGGCGACCUGGAGCUCAACGGCUACCUUCAGGCCGCCUCCACCGACAGCGGCAUCGACGCCGCCUCCUUCACCGCCACGCAGAGCAGCACGGCCUCCUCCAGAGGCACCGACAAAAUCCCCUGGCAGGACGAGCCGCCGGGCGCCGCGAGGGCCGCCAGCAGGUCGCCGCCCGCUGCCGAGGCUGCGGCGGGAGCAGACGGCGCUCUGAAGAGUUCGCCGGCUGAGACAAGCGACGGCAGCGAGCUGACUUCCAGUCAUGCUGAGAGUCAGACGGGAGGCGCCCCCUCCUCCCCUAAAGAGGAGUCGCCCUCUUCGCCCACCUCACCGGGAGCAAAGAGCUUCUACCCUCGACACGGCGCCACGUCCAAGUUCCUGAUCGGCUGGAGGAAGCCGGGAGGAACCGUCAACCCAGUGGACUUCGGAAACACUCGCAAGCGGCACCAGAGCGACGGGCUGCUGGGUGGGCAGCCGCAGCUGCGCGCCCACCUGCGGGGCUCCCAGUCGCCUCAGCGCCACACGGCCAAGUCCAGUCUGGAGGAGGACCUGAAGAAGCUCAUCACUCUGGACAGCCCGCCACCCAGCAGCAGUGAGGAGAAGCCUCUGUUCCCGGGGGCCGCGCCUGCCCGGCGCUCCCUGCAGAGGACGCUGUCUGACGAGAGCAUCUACAGCGGUCAGCGGGAGCCUUCGUGCGGCGAGCAGCGCAGCACGCCCACCGACCUCUUCAGCUUCUCCACCGUGCCGCGCUCGCCCACCGCACGCCAGACCGCCGGCAGACGGACCUCACACAAGUCCCUCGGAGAUCUGACCGCCACCGAGUCUACGCUGGAGCCGCAGGAUCCGGUUCUGAUGCCGCUGCCUGACUCCAGAGUGGACGCUCCGCUGGACUGGGCUCACCUGGUGGACGCUGCCAAGGCUUUCGAGGAGCAGCGGCUGGUUUUCCUGGCGGCGCAGGAGGAGAACUCUCCGGCAGAGACUCAGUCCAGCAGCGGUCCUCAGCAGGCCGAACCCCAGGCCGCGCCCCUCAGACCACUGGUCCCCGGAGAGACGCCUGCCUAUCUGCUGGGGAAGGUGAGUCAGCUGGAGUCCAUGGUGAAGACCCUGCAAGAAGACCUCAAGAAGGAGAAGGACGCCAAGGCCUCCCUGCAGGCUGAGGUCCUGAGCCUGCGGGAGGACAACCAGCGCCUCCUGGAGGAGUCCUACAGCGCCUCGGCCAAGCUGAAGAAGUUCACCGAGUGGGUCUUCAACACCAUCGACAUGAACUGAGCCCAGGCUCGGGGCCACAGACCGGUGCUGCAUCACCACAGACCUUCAACGCUGCCGCUGCGAAACCAACGUGGACUUAGACACCGCUACGACUUUGAUCAGCAUGCUCCGUUCUCCCGGGGGAUUGUGGGUAAUCCUGCAUGUCACAGCUACAAACUGGAGUUGGAACAGAGGAGUGUGUUGUGUGUUUGAGUGGCUCGCUAAAGAAACACACACUCGCGUGUAAAUAUACUUCCUGGCCCUCCAUAUUUAAAGUGUAUUUAUGAACCAGAGUCGAUAAGAAUAUGAAAAGCAACAUUCAAAUUUAUACUAUAUAGAAAUGUAUAUCUAUAUAUUUGGGACGAGCUGCUGUCGAAGGUCACAGCGCCACCUAUCCUGUACCACUGACCCCGCCCUCUUCCACUGCAUGACCCCCCGAACGCCCCAUCAGCCAAUCGGUACUAGUUUCACGGAGCAAGAACCCGCCGCCCACCUUUCCUUUUUGUACUGCCAGUGCAUCAUGGGACUUUUGUUUUGCACCUUCACUUGUGUAUAUACCUAUUUUUUAAACGUCAUUUUGUGAUGUGAAUCUGCUGUACCGGAGCGAAACAGGCUGCUUUUGGGGUCGUGACGCCGUCAGACUGGAUGUGUGGUUCUGUUUCCAUUCAGCUGUGACGUGUACAAAAAAGUUUAUAUCUAUUAAAGAUAUUUUGUUGGAGUACGACACCGGCUCCUCGACUUACUGACGCCACACAAACUCAACAAGAAACUGUUUAGCCUCUUGUUCUACUUCAUCUUGUUCUGUCUCCCUCUAGUGGUCGCCACUCGACCUUGUUUUCU